AUGGGUAAACCUAACCAAGCACAGUUAAAGUGGACGGGCGAUUUGGACCUUGCGUUGUUACGCGAGGUUCUUCGUGUGAAGCCUUACGACGGCGAGCACGGUACAUUGAUUCAGCGAUGGAAAGAGGUAGCUGCCAGUCUCUCGUUGUACUCGAACCAAGGCAUCCCCCACCGCUCUGCCCGCGACCACUACGAGGGACUGGUACAAGCAUUCAAGGCAACGGACAAGUCCCAGCGACAGUGGGGUACGGGCAGCGACGAAGACGUGCCAGAGCAAGUUCAACUUCUUCAAGAUCUGGUGGACCGACGUGACGCGGCCGACACUCUCAAGACCGCUGUAAAGUCCAAAGACAAGAAGCGCAAGGAGUCAUUGGAAUCUACUGGGUCGCAACUGUGUGUCGAGGCGGAGCAGCGUGUAUCAAAACGGCAACGCCCUAUGUCGGCCAAACGUUUCGAAUGGAGCGUCUAA